AACACGACAAAAUUAAUAAGAUUAAUAACAAAAAACAAACAAAUGUACCUACAACAAAAUCGCAAUGAGUAAUAGAGUGCGCAUUGUUAUUGUCGGUGACUCCGGUGUGGGCAAGACCUGCCUGACGCACUUGAUCGCACACCACGAAUCCCUGAUCCGACCCGGCUGGACGGUGGGCUGCAACAUCCAGGUGAAGAUCCACGAAUUCAAGGAGGGAACAGCCCGGCAGUGCCCCUAUUUUGUGGAACUCUUUGACGUGGGCGGCUCGUUAAAUCACAAGAACACAAGGAGCGUUUUCUACGCAGGCGUGCAUGGUAUUAUUCUGGUGCACGACCUCACCAAUGGCAAAUCACAGGAGCACCUUCUUGAUUGGCUAUACGAGAUCGUCAACAAGGAGGGCAAGGACACGUACAAAUCCCGCGGAAGCUCCACGCCUAGUUCAGCGUCUCCCCCGCGGAGUACGUUCUCCUCAAAUGCACCUGAAAGCGCAUCUGCAUCCAACUCGGCCGUACGGUUCGAUAUGGAGGAGUUCCUGGGCGCCACACAAACACCCAUUUUGGUUAUGGGUACAAAGCUGGAUCUUAUUGACGAGAAGCGGCAGCCCAAAACGGCUGUGAAGAAGGUGGGCGGAAUAGCCGACAAAUGCGGGGCAGAGGAAAUCUGGCUGAAUUGCAGGGACACCCGCAGCCUGGCCGCCGGCACAACGGAUUCUGUGAAGCUAUCCCGCUUCUUUGACUGUGUGAUCGAGAAGCGUGAAUCCCACUGCAGUGGCAGUGCGACACCAGACUUUGGAAGCUUUGGAUUUGGCGCUCCGCCAGACCGACGUCGACCAGUCUAUUCGGCAGCCAGCUUGCCGGAGUAUUCACUUUACGGUGGUCCGACCAGUAGCAAUGGCAUGAGAAUGGAGCAGAGUGCCAUUCCUCUAUUGGAUACCAACGACCUCAAGUGAUGUUUCCCUGAUGUGUGCAUACAUAUAGCUUUAAGAUUACCUUGUAAAUACUCAAUAUUAAACAAAUUAAUAUUGAGUUUUGCUGAAGACCCAGCCAAAAAUGCAACUAGUCCCUAUUUAUUUAUAAGUUUAAGCUAAAGUUAAUCUUCCUAAAAGCCACCGUCGUUUUUUCAAGAUUUAUUAUCACGCCGGAUAUCGCGAUACCAGUCGGGCAGGAUCUGAACCUUCUCGCCUCUGAAGACUUUGUAUUAAAAUCCACCUGAAUCACGGCAUGUGGAUCAUUGAUUGCCUGCAGUAGACCUAUCAGCUGGUUGAGGAACUGCACCAGAAACAAGGUCAUUGCCGAUGGACUCCACGGCUUGUUGCGUGCUAACUGGCGUACAUUAUACUCCUGGAUGUCAUGCACCAUUCCCCUGUCAUCCCGCAAGCCGUCGAAAAUAGUUUCAAUGUUCACGAGGAACGAUUGGCUCCACCAAUUUGCCGAUUUGAAGUUGUCGAAGGAGCGUUUUUGACCACCAGUUUUGUCGAUGGCGCUGGUCUUCAGCUCCACAAACUUGAGGGAGUCCAGAAUCGAUAGUAUCCAUGUUAAUAUCGACUUCGAUUUAUUUUUUAACAAGGCACCGCGCGUGCUAAUUAUUUAAUUUAAAAAUUGGUAAAAAGCAAUCGGUGUUAUACUGUAUGUAACGCUGUUAUUUAUUUUCAGUUGCAACUGAAACCGGGGUUUUUCGAGGUAACACGAUUCCUUGCGAGAAUCCUUGCAUUAAUCUAAACUAAUAAACGAAUCUCGUGCUCAACUAAAAAUUGA